UGCUGUUGUGGAGGCCCCCCAUGAAGAUCAUUCCAGUAAAGGACCCUGCAUGUAGCAAGAGGGGAAGCGUACAGUGGGCCCAGUUCCUCUGCCCCCAUCCAAAUAAAGACACCAGCCUCACAUGAUCUCCUUGCCCCCUUCGCUCCCCUGCAUCUUGGGAGGAAAAGGUGGCAUGAAGACCCUGGAGUGGGAAUUGUGGACUUCUGUGAACUCUGCAACCAAGGGGCGAUGCUGGGACGAGGACUGUGGCCCAGGAAGGGCGAAGGGCUUGUGUUGUUUUGUUUGGAUUCUCGCUUCCCCUGGAAGAGGAGGGAGGACACUUGUUGGCACGGUGACUGUGGAGAGCUACACUGAAUUUUCUACCCAACUGCUGAGGGGAAAAUGAGGCAUGGCCCAAGUUAAACUGAGGAACAGACCCAUUGGAUGCCAGGCCAGAUUUUAGGUCAGCUGGGACUGGAGCUGACUCUGCCAUGGCUGCGUAGAGCCAUCUCUUUCAGCUGGCUCCGAGUUGAUCAGAGUCCAGCACCCACCGCUGCCUCCCUGAGAGGAGAGAUGCUGGAGGGAGCAGAAGCAGAUCCCUCUGAACAGCCUCUUAACAGCUCCAUAGACUUGAAGAGUGGAGGAGAACCAGAUGAUCCAGCUAACGGCAACUUCAGGAAAGCUGCUGUAUCUAAAGUCCGAGCUGCAUUCAUUGCCAUAGUCGGGGUCUUGGUGGUGAUCAUCAUUGCUUUAGCAGCAGCUUUGGGAGUGGAAAAAUCUAAGCGCUCUUCUCUGUUCCCCCCUGCUGCCUCUCGGUGCCCAGACGGCUGGAUCGGGAUCAAGGGGAAAUUCUACUAUUUUUCUAAUGCUCCAAGGAAUUGGACCUACAGCCAGAGCUUCUGCUCGUCACACGCUGCCUCCCUGGCUGGGGUUGAUAAUCUGCAGGAGCUGGGUUCCCUGCUGCCAUACAAAGGCAGACUGGACCACUGGAUCGGCCUCCGGAGGGACAUGGGCCAGGUCUGGAAGUGGGUCAACGGGACCGAGUUUGACCGUCGGUUUCAAAUACAAGGAGCAGCAGAUUGUGCGUACCUGGACGAAGACCUCACAGUCAGCAGCUCCAGCUGCAGCACACCAAGAAAUCAGAUCUGCAGUAGACCUGAUGCCCCUACGUAGGAAGAGGCGUGUGUAGUGGGAGGAGACUUGUAAACUCAAGGGAAUCGCAGACCAGACAUGGCAAAGGCUGGUUCUCAUCUCCUCCAUGGCCCUACAUGCUACAGUCUGGUUCCUUGUUUCUUAGUAUGCCUCCAGGGUUUUAUCUGGUCCUAGUUGUCAAUUAUCCUAAUACUUGGAUUGUGCAACUGAAUGACAGUAGCCAAUAUCUCAGUCCCAGACACAACCCUAGGAACCUCUGUCUUGCAGUAUCCAGUUAUGCACGUUGGAGGCUGCAGGCUUACAUGAGUUUGUCAAUUUAACAAAGCAAUUGAUAUUCAUAGAUUCUAGGACUGGAAGCGACCUCGAGAGGUCAUCGAAUCCGGUCCCCUACCCUCAUGGCAGGACCAAAUAAUGUCUAGACC